CCAUUCCACAUAACUAAAUUACCUUCCUUUUUUGUAACUGUGGUUGGUCUUGUUACCAACAUACUUUGACAAUUUGUAUGUCAAGCACCUAUAUAUCUUUUAAAAAGACCAGAAAGCCUCGAUAGACGUCUAAUUAUUGCCUCUAAUUUUCUCAAUCUUUUAUCUCUAUAUUCUCUGUUAAAAUCCCAUUUUCAGAAUUACCUGCAAUUCUCUCAUGGAAUUUAAUGGUAAGCCAAGAAACAAUUUUUAAUGCCCAUUCAAUUCAGUUCACUUGUCUUCGAGCUCUCGAAGAUUCAUCAGACCCUUUCAAGAACCAAACAAUUGCAUGGUUUGAUCAUCAGGAAUUGUCUCACCUAUGACCCAUUUUAUGCGACUAAAAUCAUCAGGUUUUAUGCCAUCAAUAAGGACCUUAUCUCUGCUCGUAACAUGUUUGAUGAAACUCCCCACCGAAGUGUCUUCCUUUGGAACUCCAUAAUCAGAGCUUAUGCCCGCGUCCAUGAAUUUAAUGAUGCAUUUUAUCUCUUCAAAGAGAUGCUUUGUUCAGAAACAAAGCCUGAUAACUUCACAUUUGCGUGUGUUGUUCGUGGGUGUACGGAAAAUUGUGAUCUAGAAGGAUUGAGAAUUGUACAUGGAGGAGUUAUAGUUUCUGGUAUGGGAUUGGAUUCCAUUAUUAGUAGUGCACUCGUGACAGCUUAUUCUAAAGUGGGUCUUGUGGAUGAGGCAAGUAAGGUGUUCUAUAGGAUGCCGGAGCCAGAUUUGGUUUUAUGGAAUUCAAUGAUUUCAGGUUAUGGGUUUUGUGGGCAUUGGGAUAAAGGGCUACAACUUUUUAAUAUGAUGCGAAGCAGGGGAAAGCAUUCUGAUGGUUAUACUUUGGUGGGGUUGAUUUCGGGUUUGAUGGAUCCCGGCUUGCUGGAAAUUGGUCAAGGAAUUCAUGGAUUUUGUUUGAAAAGUGGCUUUGAUUCUAAUGCUCAUAUAUGUUCUGUACUGGUUAGCAUGUAUGCAAGAUUCAAGUGUUUGAACUCAGCACAUAGAGUUUUUGAUAGUUUGUUGCAACCUGAUCUUGUUACGUGGUCUGCUCUCAUAACCGGUUUUUCCCAGUCUGGAGACUCCGAAAGGGCCUUGAUUCUCUUCAAGAAAAUGAAUAUGGAAGGUAAGAAGGCAGACUCCAUAUUGAUUGCUAGUUUACUGGUGGCUAGUGCUCAAUUGGCGAUCGUAGGGCCUGGCAGUGAAAUACAUGGUUUUGUUCUUCGACAUGGAUAUGAGUCAGACGUCAUGGUAUCUUCUGCUCUCAUUGACAUGUAUUCAAAGUGUGGUUUCUUGGGAAUGGGAAUUCGGGUUUUUGACAGUGUGCCAAAAAGGAAUAUCAUUUCUUACAAUUCAUUAAUUUCUGGUCUUGGCUUGCAUGGACAUGCUUCUGAGGCAUUUGAAAUUUUCGAGGAGAUACUAAAGGGAGGACUUAAACCAGAUGAAUCCACUUUCUCAAAUCUUCUUUGUGCUUGCUGCCAUGCUGGUCUUGUUAAAGAUGGUCGGGAAUAUUUCAGUAGAAUGAAAAAUGAAUUUGGCAUCCAAGCUAGAGCAGAGCAUUUUGUUUACUUGGUAAAGCUUUUAGGGAUGAAUGGAGAGCUGGAAGAGGCUUUUAAUCUCAUCCAGUCCUUGCCAGAACCAGUGGAUUCUGGCAUUUGGGGCGCACUUCUAUCAUGCUGUGAUGUUCUUGGAAAUUCUGAGUUGGCAGAAAUUGUAGCUCAGCGGAUCUUUGAAAAUAAACCAGAAAAAAGUACGUACAAGGUUAUGCUUUCAAACAUAUAUGCUGCUGAUGGAAGGUGGAAUGAUGCGAUGAAAUUGAGAGAUGAUAUGAAAGGAGGGAUGAGGAAAACACCUGGAAUUAGCUGGAUUGAGGAAUGUAGUAUUUAGUAAUAAUUGGACAGUUGAAUGAAUGCUGGAUUAUGACUUUCUUAUCCCAGGUCAUUCUGUGAUAUUGAUACACAGAAGAACUGUUAGUAUCCAGAAGCUUCUAAAAGAGGUAAAGCAUUAGAAAACACUUGCUCAUUAGGAUAUAACCAAACAUAUAAGAUAUUGUUGCUUUUACUCCAUUGAAUUUAUUUGCCAUUAUGGUAAUAUAUAGAGAAAUCUAUUGAUAAUUGACAUGCAAACAGUGAAGAACCAAACUCCAUUUUUUGGAAGAAUGAGGUCCUUUUAGGUUUUGCGACAAUACGGCUGUAAUAAUAGUGAAAUUCAGUCCAACAUGUGGCUCAGUGUGUUGAUCUGGUUGUGAGGAAUGACAGAACUUGAUCUUUGAAUCACUAGUUAUCGAGUUGGCAGUCCGGUCUAUUAUAUCGUUCCUCCUUAUUAGAGCUGUAGUUUGUAUAGCAGCCAUACAUGAGCGAGUGUGUCGACCCAGAAUGGCAUUGUUUUACCAUAUGUAGCUCUUUUGGUUGAAUUGUAAACUCAUAACUCCUACAAUAUCAAUGCGACCCUUAAACAAUCCAGAUAUUGGUACAAUAAUUAUAUUUCUCCCAUUCUUAGUUUGGAAGAGAGACAGGCUAACUUUGGUAAGUAACUAACUCUUACCCCUUCUAUUAGCAAUAACCUCUGCAGAGUGCAUCGAGUCACAGCCUGCUAAAACUUACACAUUCAUAUUGCAGCCAAGGGGAAUAUAUCCAGUGAACCAAUCCUUUUAUUGCCAGUGGUCCGUUUACCUUGCAAAUGGACACCAAGGCGAGUAAAUCUUCCUUGAACUGUUCCUUUUAUUAUACCCCUCAUGCAAUCUUCCUUAAAACAACAAAGGCAUGUAAUAUACAUACUACGAGGAACAGCACUUCCCCAUGACUUCAGAGGCACAUGGACAACCUUGUGUCGAAGCUUCAUAGCACUCCUCGUUGACUGCUGUACUAAGGCUGAAAAAGAACCUCCAAAGAUACCUGGCGAUGCUGAUCUCAGGUCCCACAUGACUUGUUAGUUUCAUGCUGCACAAAGGAAACUAGAGAAGGUCAUCAAUUAUAUGGAAAGAGAGUUGACCUGAAUGAUUGUCAUGAUUGUGCAUCAGCUUGGUCUCACUUUUGUAUCCCAGUCGCACUCAGAGGUGACAUUGAUAUAAACAUCUAAAAUUAAGUCCAUUUUGAUGAUUCAACGUGUAUAUGAGUAACUCUUGCUUUGGACAAUGAUUGAACUUCCACAUUGGUAAAAAAAAGAAAAGAAAAGAGAUGAUUUUCUUUUGAUCACCGUUACUGUAAGAGUAUAAUUUUACAUUGUUGUGCUUGCAUUGCAUGUCUGGAGUUGGUUUCCAAUUUUCUGCAUUACACCAUGUAUGCCUAUGUGCUCUCUGUAGAAACGUGGCUAACAAUGCUUGAUCCGUCGAGCCUAGAGGGUCAAAACCUUUAGUAUAAACGAAAAAAAAAAAAAAAAAAAAAAGGCUUGCCUGGUUGAUCAUGCCACAGCAAAUGGUCUAAUGUGAGAUUUGGUGUAACAUUUGUGUCUUUAUAAGUUGUGGAUUGAGUUUGUGGUUUCAAUUUCAUGGACUAUUAGGGUUGUACAUAGAGCCAUCUACUGGCCUCACUUUAAAUUGAAUGAGAUCUGAAUGCUGCAGCUGUGAGCCCUUAUUGAUUUUGACAAUUCACCCAACGCCAAACUGGGGCUUUUCAAUAAUCCCUUGCAAAUAGGCAGUGAAAAUUACGUAGAUACCAGUCAAUAAACAAAGUUUGUGUAAAUUAGUCAUGAACCCAUAGAUUAUUUUAUUUUAUUUUAUUUGUUUUACCUAUACAUUUUAAACCACAUCUUCUGGAUUGUACUCUAUUUUCCAACCUGAAAACUCAGAGUGCCUUUUUUCUUUAGGGUGGUGGACCUGGUGGUAUUAGCUUGUCCAGUUAGUCUUUCUAGCACACAGAGUCAAGGCCUUAGGCUCAACAAUUUAAUUGGGAAUUCUGUUAAAGCCUGCCUUAGUGUGAAUCCAUAGGUUUAGUGUAUUAGGCUCCUUUUUGAACAGGAUUCAGAAUCUUGGUCACUUGAGGUUCAUGAUUUUUUCACCCUACCAUCUAGAACUGAACUAUGGGAAGGUAUAGGA